AUGUCGUCAGCAAACCAGGUCCUGAUUGCCAUUAUCGGCGCUGGAGGAGUGGGCAAAUGCUUCCUCUCGCAGCUGCAAACACUGGCCAGCCGACGACCGACCCCUAAGCUUAGCAUCUGCUACAUUUCCACGAGCAAGAAAGCCUUGUUCAACAAUGAUUACUCUCCUAUCCCAACCGAAACUGCAGUCGAUGAACUCGCUGCCUCCACCAAAGUACCUUUCGCCCUGCCCAAUAUUGUCGACUAUCUAGCUGCAGCGCCAUCGAAAGUGAUACUGGUGGACAAUACGAGCUCGCAAGAUGUGGCAGAUGCCUAUCCUAGCUUCCUGAGCCGGGGUAUCAGCAUCGUGACCCCCAACAAGAAGGCCUUCUCAGGCUCAUACAAGUUGUGGCAGGAGAUCUUCGCUGCAGCUGCCGACUCUGGAGCCAAGGUCUACCACGAGUCCUCGGUCGGUGCAGGAUUGCCAGUCAUUUCGACCCUCAAAGACUUGGUGGAUACCGGGGACGAGGUGACUAAGAUUGAGGGUGUGUUCAGCGGCACCAUGUCAUUCCUUUUCAACUCCUUUGCCCCGCUCGAAGGCUCUGGAGGUCAAUGGUCUGCCGAAGUCAAGAAAGCCAAAGAGUUGGGUUACACGGAGCCCGAUCCCCGAGACGAUCUGAACGGUCUUGAUGUGGCAAGAAAGUUGACCAUCCUUGCACGCCUGGCUGGGUUACCCGUUGAGUCGCCGACUUCGUUCCCAGUGCAGAGCCUGAUUCCCAAAGAAUUGGAGUCUGUCUCCAGUGGAGACGAAUUUCUGCAGAGACUUCCAGAGUUUGACUCGCAGAUGGAGGAAACCAAGGCUGCAGCCGGAAACCAAGGCAAGGUUGUAAGAUUCGUGGGCAGUAUCGAUGUUGCCACCAAGGCAGUCAAGGUGGGACUGGAGAUGUUCGAUCGGUCACACCCGAUUGCCGCGCUCAAGGGAAGUGAUAAUAUUAUCAGCUUCUACACUAAGCGCUACGGAAGUAACCCCCUCAUUGUACAAGGUGCGGGUGCUGGUGGAGAUGUUACCGCCAUGGGUGUCACGAGCGAUUUGCUGAAGGUGAUCUCCCAAAUUAGUAAAUAG